CGAGCGUGCGCGCAGACAGAAGCUCAUCAGCGGAGAAGAAGAAGAAACAGAGGAAAGACUACCAUCUGUGGGGCAUCGCGAUCACAGCCGGGUUAUUGUUUUGAUUUAUCUCGAUAUCUCCUCACCGAGAGUCUCCGCUCACAUCUCAUGGGCUUGGAAAUAACGUUACUCCGCUUCAUCUGAGAGGGAGAGAGAGAAAGAGAGAGAACAACGCGAAGAAUGUUCAAGAAGAGCAAGAGUAAAGUUCUGGUGGAUGAAGCGUCGGAGGAGGACGAGGUGUCGUGGCAUCAUGAGCACGCGGGGAAGGAUAAAGACUCGGAGGGAACAGAGGAAACUCUAAGCCCCACGACAAAGGAUUCAAAGUUAAAGAAGGUGAAAUCGAAGCGAGAAAAGGGAGACAAAAAGUUGUUUCCGUCUCAGGACGAUGAACACAUCUUGCUGACAGGAGUCACUGUUUCUCACAGAAGAGGAUCGACUAAAAAAAACUGGGAAGACGACAAGAUCAAGACUCACCCAGAGAAAGACAAAGCGCACUGCCUGUGGGACAGCAUCAGCACCACCAUGAAGCAGAUCACGCCCACCAGGAAGAUGGACAGGAUGGAGGGCGGGGGGCCGCCACAACUGACGGACGGACAGAUGGAGGAGGACAAAACUGAGCUGGAGAAGAAGAGGAGCGACUCGUCUCCGCUAUCUUCGCCUCUAUCACUGUCUCUGCCUCAUUCUCUGGGCCUGCCAUCCUGGGUGGGUUUAGGUUUGGAGGAGGACUCGUCCCGCUACGCCAGUCUGACCGAGUCUCAGAUGGGUGGUCCUGCGCAGUGGGCGGCGCGGGCACGAGAUAAAUUUGCCGCUGUCCGCCGUAGAAGUCCAGCUAACCUAUCAGAGAGCACAUGGGAGGGGCUUAAAUGAUUUACAUAUCCAAUAUGACCACGCCUUCUUUGUAUGCCAAUAAUUGGACCGAUGAGUAGGACCCUCAGACCAAGAGUGCCUGCUUUUAAUGCCUGUCAGUGAAUCACUUUUCCUUUUGAUGUAAGUGACUUUUCAGCUUUUGAAUGAAGCUUUUUUUAGAGAAUCCGCUGGAUUUUAAUGAUUGACUGAUCACAUGACGUUUCAGAGAUUACUUUUAAAGUAGGGCUGGGUUGAUAAACAAUAUUAUAUGGAAUAAUGAUCAAAUGUAUGUCAAUAACAAUAACAAGCUCUGUACUUUUUUACUCUAUAUUGAUCUAAGAGCCAAUCACACAGCAGAAAUGUGCAACAAUGGGAAUCUAAAAGUGUGUUGAUAUUAGAGAUGCACCGAAUUUUCGGCCACCGACAAAUUAAUCAGCCGAAAAUAUGUAAUGGCAUUUAAUGGACCCUCUAAUUUUUGUGGCUUCAGUCAUUGUUAGGAUCCUCUUUUAAAUCUGGAAGCAUUAACAACUUAUAUCAUACCGUUAUCGUUCAGUAUGAAAAAUAAUUAUCGAGACUGCAUUUAUGCCAUAUCGCCCAGCCUUAAUUUAAAGGGUUAGUUUACCCAGAAACAUAAAUUACCACAUCCUUAAUUGUCCCUCAUACUUACUCCCAAGGCUGUUUAUAUCGAAUUUGAUAUUUAUGCUGAGUUCAGACUGCAUGAUUUUCAAAGUAGUCGUGUCACAGAUGUUUUCACACUGCAUGAUUAUCAGGGCUAGCGUUUUGUUGCUGCUUUGUUUACACUGCAAGAUGGAUCAGCGACAGGGGGUUUCACACUGCAUGACUUUACAAUAGGAAGAAUCGCUGACAACUUUGUCCAAACUACGUCUCACAACCAAAAACAUGUAGUAUAUCUUUUGUUAUUUACUACACAAGGAGAAAGAAGCCUUUAAUGUCCAUAUUUGCUCACCUGGGUUUAAAGAGAAUUAGCAAUUUCUCCUCAACUUUUUUCUUAUUGGUCCGGUUGUGAUAUUGCUCAGAUGACAUGUCAAACAGACACUGGUGCUCCUGCCAAAUUUACACUAGUUUCUCCUCCAUUUCUUGAGUCCAAAUAAACUGAAAAUAAGCGCUUUAAACUUCUCCCACAACCUCCCGCUGGCCUGCAGGUACACACACUAGUAAAUGCCGCUCUCUCUUUGGCUGUAGGUUAUCGCUGAUGUUAUUUUCAGUCAAUACUCAUUUCACACAGCAUGAUUUGAAUCGCCAACAGCUCCAGAUAUUUAGCACGCCAAAAAUUUCACGAGUAUCGCCGACUCAUCUGCGAUUCUCUUAGUUCAUAUUGUGUGAUCGUUACUCGCGUGAACGAGCACUGAUUUGUUAGUGAUUUCAGGCAUUUGUCAGCGAUUUCUCAAAACCUGUUGGCGAGUUAAAAUCGGAGCUAAAAUCAUGCAGUCUAAACUCGGCAUUAGCCGCACCAUAUUUUACAUCUAAUUUUUACGAGGUGGAUUGUUAGCUCAAUGCUCAUCCUCCAACCUGGAGGACCAGGACAAACACUUCUACACUACAGACAAUUUAGCUUACCCAAAUUACCUACAGCACAUGUCUUUGGACUUGUGGGUGAAACCAGAGCACCCGGAGGAAACCCACGUGAACAUGAGGAGAACAUGCAAACCCCGCACAGAAAUGCCAACUGACCCAGCUCGGACUCAACCAGCAACCUCCUUGCUGUGAGGCGACACCGCUACCUACUGCGCCACCAUGUUGCCCUAAUUAUCCUCAUGAGUUUCUUCAUGUUGAACACUGAAAACAUAACAUGGAAGUCUAUGGGUCCCAACAACCAGCAUUCUUCAAAGAAUCUUGUGUUCAAGAGACGAAAGAAAAUCAAAUAGGUUUAGAAUGUGUAAAUGAGAUGAGAGAAAGGUCACUCUAAGCAUUAUCUAUAAAUUAAUAAUUGAUGUUAAGUUACUCAUUCUCAGGUCAGACAUAGGAUACCUUUUUUCUUCAGUAGAACAAUAACUUAAUUAAUUAACUCCUUACAUUUAUAUAGCGCUUUUCUGGACACUCAAAGUGGUUUUGGGGGGGAUCUCCCCAUCCACCACCAGUGUGCAGCAUCCACCUGAAUGAUGCGACAGCAGCUAUAUUGCGCCAGACUUGCGCCCCACCACACACCAGCUGAUUGGUGGAGAGGAGACAGAGUGAUGAAGCCAAUUAUGACAUGUGGGGAUGGUUAGGAGGCCCUGAUGGAUAGAGACCAGUGGACAAAUUUGGCCAGGAUGCCAGGGUUAAAUCCCUUUUCUUUUCGAAGGACAUCCCGGGAUUUUUUACGACCACCGAGAGCAAGGACCUUGGUUUAACGUCUCAUCCAAAAUAUGGCGCUCACUGAGCAGUAUAGAGUCCCCAUAAAUAUUCUGGGGCGUUACGACCCACACAGACCGCAGAUUGAGCACCCCCUGCUGGUAUCACUAACACCACUUAAAGAUUGUUUACAUUUUUUUUGCUGAAAUUAAAGUUUUUGGUGAUUUUAUAAAGGCUACCAGCACUUGAAUCCAACAAGAAUAUACAGACAAAACUAAAUUAUUACAUGUGGCUACUGAUGACUCUGUGGUCUUAUGAAGCAAAAUACUAUUACUGGGUAUAUGCAGGAAUUCUAAUGGUAAUUUAAUUACCUUUUUAAGACUUUUUAAAGAGCUUCUCUGAAUAUUUUAAGACCUCAUUGCCACUUUAAGUUAUAAUCAGUAUCAAACCCUUUAACUUAAACCCUUUAAUAAACAGUUGUGGUUAAAUAAAUCAAUGGAGCACAACCAUGCAACAGAACUCAGAUAAGCUCAGAAGCAAAGCUUGAAAUAAUAAAUUACGCGGUUGUUUUUAGCGACAGGCUUCAGCCACUGUUUAAACUCGUCUUUCUCCAACCAGGAGUACACAAACUUACAUUUUCCCAUUUUGCCAUAAGUUUCGCUCUAUAGUUCUGCUACAUGUGGAGGGCGUCGCAUCACCUUCCCACGUUUGUCGCAUAUUACGUGACAUCACCCGGACAGAGUAGCUUGGCCAGACGCGCCCCGGCCAGAACCAAUCGUGUGAAUCGAGCACACCGUUGUUAAUAUUAGGAGGAAAAUAUAUAUAUAUUAAUGCUUUUUUGGAGUCAAACACUUUAGACAAUGCUUGAACAAAAAUUAAGACCUCAUAAAUACAUGAUUAAGACCUUUUGUAUCGUUUAAUUUUACCCUAAUUGAUUUAUCAACUUUUAAUACUUUUUAAGACCCCGUGGACACCCUGUAUAAUUUACAACAGUGGUUCCAAAAGUGGGGGUCGGGCCCCCUCAGGGGGUUGCGGAAUAAUGAGGAGCUUUCGUGCUUGGUGAUUUUCCAAAAAUCUAAUUCAUUUUAUUAAACUAUUAGUAUGGCCAUAUUUUAUCCAUAAUUUACAAAAGUUAAAAGUAAUUAAAAAUUACAUUAAAAAACAUAAUUUUUUUUCCACUGGAUUGCGACCUCUGGGGUCAUUACAUUCGAUUAAAGAAUAGGAUCAGAUGCAGCAGAUUGAUUUCAUGACACCAGAUUAAACUUUACACCUUUACGUCACUCACAUAAAUAAAAAAACUGAACAUUGUGGAUGAUCUCAGAACGGCGUUCUCCCCAAAAUUAAAUGAAGAAUAGACUUGGGCCUAUUGUUGUGUGUGCACCGUUGUAUGCAAGGUUUGAAUAUUUAUAACCAUUUUAGAGUAUAUUAGGGGUCAUAAUGAAUCACUGGCAUUAUUAUUUUGGGGGUCGCGGGCUAAAAAGCUUGGGAACCCCUGAUUUACAACAUUUAAACACCAUUAUGUGACAAGAUGUUCACCCAGACAGUACUGUGAACACAGUGGAUUAUUAGAUAUUAUAAAUGAUGUUCAGUUUCUUGCAUAAGCUGAUUGUUUUGCUUCAUAAGCACUGAAUAGGCUAUAUAAUCAGAAGCCAUACAUGGAUAUUCAUUUUGUUUUGUCGCUAUGUUAUGUAUUUUGGUCUUAAAAUACCACUGAUUUCCAUUUAAUGAAUCCCUCAGUUUGCCAAGCUGGGUUGUGGCUGGAAGGGCAUCCGCUGCGUUAAACAUAUGCUGAAUAAGUUGGCGGUUCAUUCUGCUGUGGCAACCCCUGUUAAAAUAGAGGGACUAAGCCGAAGGAAAUGAAUCCCCCAGACCCGUUUUUAGCUAAAAAUGUUAUUUAAUGUUCUACUGAAGAAAGGAAGUCAUCUUGGAUGGCCUGAGGGGGAGUAAAUUAACCGCAAAUUACAUGGUUCGCUUAAAUUAAUAUCUUGUCGUAAUUGUUUCACCCGCCUCACGUACUUGCAGACCUGUUUGUUUUCUUCUGUGGUACUUAAAGUAGUUGUUUAGAUCAGCUAUUUCUCAUACAAUGAAAUAAUAGCUGCUGGAAUGACAGAAAGAUCGUGAAUAUAAUGUUAGUCUAAAACGAGCUGUGCGUUAUAUUAUAAGUGUUCUUAAGUUAUGUUUUACGUCAGUGAACAAGUUAGCGUUCACUUUCAUGGCAUAAACAAGGCUGUCAGUACGUUUUGCUACACUUCUACUUUCCACACUCGAAAGCCAGACAUGUUUGAAAUGUCCUGAGUGAUUUAAUGAUGACAAAAUGUAAAAAUUUACCUGAAUUAUCCCUUCGAAUUCGCGUUUUUAAAUCCGUGUCGACUGGGUUGAGUAAAGCUGCAAAAGUCAUUAUCACCUACAGAUGGCGCAUCGCGUCUCACUGUCCCCAAUCCCUCCUGAAGGAGAGAUCGAUGAUUAUAAAUGAAUAACAAGUGUUUAUUUCUCUCAGAUUCAGUCGUGGUUAAUUUAUUCUGGUAUAUAAUAAAAGAGUUGAAUGUAAAACUAAUGUAAAAACACAUUCAGCCGAUUAGAGUAGAUCGCUACUGCCUGCUGAUAAACAAUCAUUAAUGUACUGUAAUUACUCUAUGCAAUGAUUUCUCGCUAUAAUCCCAAACUAUUUGCUAUAUAUUGGUCAUGCAGACAUACUCAGUGCCCUUUUCUGAUCACAAGGAAGAGAUUUGCUUUUUAAGACACACUGGGAACCAUUUUAAACUGAAUGUGUAUGUAUGUGCUCUUUGAUUCUUGCCUUUAGAGAUUUAGAUUUGGAAGAAGAACAAACCUUUUUCUUGUGUGAAGUUGGUUGGAUGUCCACAAAUUGGACGAGGAUCUAGUAAUGACUGCUGUUUUAAACAUAUUUAAAGCCUUCCAAAGACCUCAGAAGCUGUGCCGUAAAAGCUCAUGAAGUUUUUAUUUUAAUUUUUUCUUUGCUGUGCCUCAAUUUAAGUCAUUUUAUAGUGUGAUCUUGAUGAAAUGUUUGCCAAUUAUUCUCUUCCAGCACCCUUAAAAUGGUAAAUAAGGACAACCAUCACUUAAGUCUAAUAUGGAAAGUCCAAUAUGCAUUUUAUAUAUAAACCUCUGGCCUUUUAAGAUCUUUGAUUUGCUGUAGGAUGUGUGUGAGUGGUCUUAUUACUGAUUUUAGGAUAUUAUUUAUAAGGUUAAUCAGAUUAUAAGUGAGUUCGCUGCUCUUGUUCAUAGUAGCUUUAUAGAAUUAGUCCAAAAAUGUUUGAUGGAUGAUAAUCGAUUUAGCUCUUUCUCUGAGGCCUUUGCAAGAUCCUUAUUUUGUUUUUUAUCUUGACACUACUGAAUGAUUUGUUUCUGUACUAUUAUGAUUGAAACGCUGUAGUUCCAGGGGUUCAGAUGAGGGAAUCUGAAUAAAAGUUACACUAUAGAUUCA